AGUUCUCGCUUUAAUCCAAUACUCCGGUCCCGUACCAACUUUGCGCUUGUAGCACAUGUAGAAAAGUUGGGGGGUUAUAAUGGGAGUGUUAAUCUAGGAAGAAUAGUUGCUACACAUACAGUUCAGAAAGGCCAAGACAUAAUUAAGAAAUACACACAAAGAUCGCGGCAGAGCAAGGCAAAUGGCGAAAAAUAUACUUCGGAGCGCACUUUCUGCACUGAUUGA